AUGCACGGCUCCGCGGGACACACAGCAAAGCCGCGGCCCAGGAGCCUGGUGGGGCUGGACCCACGGGCCCGGCUGGCCACGCUGGGCAGGAAGAUCGAGGUGGUGCUGAUGGUCUACGACUGCGAGGGCCUGGGCUUGAAGCACCUCUGGAAGCCGGCCGUGGACACGUACGGAGAGGUGAGGGGCUUGCCGGCGUCGCUGCCUCCCUGGGCAGGGCUCGCCGCCUCCGCUCUGGGUGGCUCCAGCACAUCCCUCCGUGGGAGGGAGGGAGGGACGGACGUGCUGCUGGGGAGGAAGCCAAGGGAGGACUGCCCCGUCCCCCCGCCCCUGGGGUCCCCAGCCCGGAGCAGAGCCAGCCACAGGGUGCAGCCUCCCUGUUUGCUUUCGUCCACCUGGGGCUUUGCUGUGCCAACUCCGGUGGUGUCCCCAGAGACCGGCCCAGGUGAAGACCCUUUGGCUGGGCCGGGGGCUCCCGGGUGGGUUACAGCUCUCCAGGAAGCCCCCGACCCGCCGUCCUCUGUCCCGCUAGCCAACUGGAAGGAGGUCUUGCAGAAGUAUAUUGACCCCAAUCAGAUCCCCGUGGAGUACGGGGGCACCCUCACGGACCCUGAUGGGAACCCCAAGUGCCUGAGCAAGAUUAACUAUGGCGGGGACGUGCCCCAGAAGUACUACGUGCGGGACCAGCUGACGCAGCAGUACGAGCACACGGUGGUGGUGAACCGGGGCUCGUCCCACCAGGUCGAGUACGAGAUCCUCUUCCCUGGCUGUGUCCUCAGGUGAGGGGGCAUCUGGGCUGGCUCUGCAGCGUGGGCACCCCGGCAGGAUGGGGAGUUGGGNNNNGGGGUGUACCGGAAGACAAAGAUGGGGGAGCGGCAGCGAGCCGGCGACAUGACCGAGGUCUACCCGAACCAGCGCUACAACUCGCACAUGGUGCCCGAGGAUGGCUCCCUUACCUGCUCGGCACCUGGGAUCUGUGAGUGUCCCCCCGGUGUCUCCGCUGAUCCUGCUGGGGUGGCAGCAUGGCCUUGCACUCUGCUACACGAGUCGCGGGUGGGAGAUGGAGGGUGCCUGCAGAGCAAACCUGCACCCUGCAACAUGCCCUCUAAAUAUUUGGAGCUGGCUGCGGAGGCUGGUUGGGCAUGCCCCAGCGUCCGGUCUCGGACCGUGGAUUUCCUCAUGGACUCCAGCAUCCGCAAGCUCUACGGCCUAGCGGUGCCCGGAGGGGCCGCGACGUGCUGGCACAGCCCCGCCAACCCUGGGCGCAUUGAGGGCACCCCAGCAGGGCCUGCGCCGAGCCAGCAGCGCCAGGGCUCCCAACAGAGCCGGCCCGUCUCUGGGAACGCAGGCUUACAGGAAGACUUGGGGGACUAUGGCCUAGGAUCUGCCAGCACCUCUGACCAGCUGAGGUGCUGCCUCCCAUGA